AUGACAAUGUUGGCAAUGCCAGGCCACGUGUGGGGCCUUGUAAGCAGCAGUGUGUCUGUCAGCCAACUUGUGGCUGCCAUCACUGCAUCAGUGAGUGUAGCCAUCAACCCCGUUCCUCAUAUCGAGUCGAGACUCAUAUCUGUCGUACAGGUCAUCGCCUAUUGCAUCGCACGGGCCGUCUACAAUCUCAGCUUUCAUCCUCUAACGAAAUACCCCGGGCCGAAGCUGGCUGCCGUCACCGAUCUCUGGUGGGCUUAUGCCAGCACGACGGGAAGAUACCCCUGGGUAGUCGAAGACGCUCUCAGACAAUAUGGCGAUGUCGUCCGCAUUGCUCCCAACGAGCUGGUAUUCUUCACGCUGCAAGCAGCAAAAGACAUAUACCUCGCGCAGGAAAAGAACCUAGAGCUCUUCGUCCAAGUCGGAUACGACGCCCUGGACACAGGCGACGGUGGAAUCUCGGGGGAGACCGACCCGGUGAAGCACCGUGAAAUAGCGAAGAAGCUUGCACCUGCCUUCAGCCCGAGGAACUUCAAGGCCAAGGAAGCUGCGGUGCAGACGCAUAUUGACCUAUUUGUGCAGAAGAUGAAGGAUUUUGGGGCGAGAGAGGAAGGGAUGGAGUUACAGCGCUGGUCGGACUGGCUUGCGCUGGAUCUCUCUGCUGACAUGACGUACGGCCGCGAGAUGGGGCAGAUGCGCGACAUGAAGGACUCCCUACUCCUAAGCUCCACCCUAAAGCUGAACCUCUUCAUAACGCUGAGCCAGAUCACGCGGAAAUUCCGCCUGCUCAGCCCCCUGAUGUACCUAGCCAUCCCGCCAUCCGUGUGGUUCGCGCUGUCGAAGCUCAUCCGGAUGAACAGCGAAGACGUCAAGACGCGCAUCGAGCGUCGGGGCAAGACGGGCCAUCUAGACUACUUCGAACAGCUGCUUCCGGCCGACAAGCCCGUGCCCGAGGACCGGAAGCAGAUCUACCAUCUGGAAAACGUGGCGGGCCAGCUGCUGCUGGCGCAGUGGCAGCCCCUGGCGAACCAGUUUUACUCUUUGAUCUUCUUCUUGCUUAGGGAGCCGGGUGCGCAUGCGGCGCUGGUGGAGGAGGUGAGGAUGGCGUUCGAGACCUAUGAUGCGAUUGAUACCGAGACUAUGGGGGGUUUGAAAUACCUGCAGGCUUGUGCGCAGGAGAAUUUCCGACUCCAUCAGGAUACGGUUGAUGGGUUGCCGCGCGUGAGUCCUGGCGCUGUGGUAGACGGGGCGUAUAUUCCUCAAGGGGUCACCUGCCAGAUCAGCUAUUUCGCCGCAGCAAGAAGCCCACGCUUCUUCACCGAGCCGCUCAAGUUCCGUCCAGAACGGUGGCUAUCGCCAGACCAUCCCAGGUUCGACCCGAAAUACAAAGUCGACAAUCUGAAGGCCUCCAAGCCCUUCAGUCAGGGUCCGAGGGGUUGCCCUGGCGGGGCCAUUGCCUCGGCUGUGCUCAGGCUAUUCAUCGCGAAGGUCUUGUGGCAGUUUGACUUGGAGGCUGCGCCGGGUCAGGAUGGCUUGUCUUUUGAUAGGGACUUCAAGUUCAUGACCUUCUGGGAGAGGCCGCCGUUCUGGGUCCGGUUAACGCCGAGGGGUAGGGAGUGA